CAUCAUCCUCCACAUGGAAGAUCUCAACCCAGGCUCUGCAAAUUCUUCUCCUCUCACUCCUUUAGGCUUUCUCGAUAGAGCUUCCACCGUCUAUGGCGACUGCACUUCUAUCGUCUAUGACAACACCACUUUCACUUGGUCCCAAACGCACCGUCGCUGUCUUCAACUAGCUUCCUCUCUUUCCUCCAUCGGAAUCGGCCGUGGCCAUGUCGUGUCCGUCGUGGCACCCAACAUCCCCGCCAUGUACGAGCUCCACUUUGCAGUUCCCUUCGCCGGCGCCGUCCUCAACAACAUCAACACCCGCCUGGACGCUCGCACCAUCUCCGUCAUCCUCCGCCACGGCGAAUCCAAGCUUGUGUUCGUCGACUGUGCCUCACGCGCUUUGGUACUCAACGCCAUUUCCUUGCUGCCUCCUGAGACUAAACGUCCUAUCCUUAUCCUCAUCACUGACGACUCAUUGGAACCCGUAUCAUCGGAGGGCUUCUCGGAUACGUACGAGGGGUUGGUGGCGAAGGGUGACCCGAGUUUCCAGUGGAUCCGACCCAAAAGUGAGUGGGAUCCGAUGGUGUUGAAUUACACGUCCGGAACGACUUCGUCUCCAAAGGGGGUGGUUCAUUGCCAUCGAGGUAUGUUCGUCAUUACCGUCGAUUCUCUGAUUGAUUGGGCCGUCCCCAAAGGGCCGGUCUACCUCUGGACGCUGAGCAUGUUCCACGUUAACGGGUGGAGCUUCCCGUGGGGGAUGGCAGCCGUCGGAGGAACCAAUAUCUGCCUCCGUAAAUUUGACGCCGCAGUCGUGUUCAGUCUCAUCGAACACCACGGUGUAACACAUAUGUGCGCUGCACCGGUGGUGCUCAACAUGCUAACUAACUCGUCAACGAAAAAACCUCUCAGAAACCCCGUUCAAGUUCUCACCGCGGGAGCACCGCCGCCAGCGGCAGUGCUGCACCGAACAGAGGCGUUAGGAUUUGUGGUGAGUCACGGGUAUGGAUUGACAGAAACUGGAGGGGUGGUAGUUACAUGUGCGUGGAAGCCUGGGUGGAACUUGCUGCCGGCGACGGAGAGGGCACGAUUAAAGGCUAGGCAAAGUGUGAGAACAAUCGGGCUGGCGGAGAUGGACGUGAUGGAUCCAGAUUCGGGUAAAAGCGUGAAACGUGACGGGUCAUCCCUUGGGGAAGUGGUUGUUCGGGGCGCAUUUGUCAUGUUGGGCUACUUGAAAGAUCCAGAUGCGAACUCCAAGUGCUUCAAGAACGGCUGGUUCUACACCGGAGAUGUUGGAGUGAUGCAUCCAGAUGGGUACUUGGAGGUUAAGGAUCGAUCAAAGGACGUGAUCAUCAGUGGCGGUGAGAAUGUGAGCAGCGUGGAGGUUGAAUCGGUGCUGUACAGCAACCCAGCGGUGAACGAGGUGGUGGUGGUGGCGAGGCCCGACGAGUUCUGGGGAGAGACGCCGUGCGCAUUCGUGAGCCUGAGGGGGGGAUUGGAAAAGAAGCCGACGGAGAAGGAGAUAAUGGAGUAUUGCAGAGAGAGGAUGCCACGCUUCAUGGUGCCAAAAACGGUGGUGUUCAAGGAGGACCUUCCCAAGACUUCGACGGGUAAGAUUCAGAAGUACGUUCUGAGAAAGGAAGCUAGAGACAUGGGGUCCUUGAAACACAGCAGACUAUGACGAAGAUUUAUGUGUUGACAUUAACGCGGGAAAGAAAUUAUUUUUAAUUUUCAUUAACUUAAUUACCUUGGUCUAAUUCCCUUUUGUUACGAUCUUCUCUCUGUUUCCUCGGAUUAACGAUACCUUGUUUCCGCUUAAAAAAAUAAAAUAAAAAUAAAAGCAAAGGAGAAGAGCAUGUUUUGAAAAACAAGAUGAAUACGUCCUGGCUAAAUAAUGUUCCUCUGUAUUCCUAUGAUACCAUUUAUGUAAU